CCUCCCUUUCCCGCCUCUGCAACCCUCCUCGCCGCGCUCGCUCGGCCGCUAUGAAACUCCUGCCCAAAGGCGCUGCUGCCCGCGUGCCCGGCGCGUCCGGCUCGCUGUGCGCGCUGCUGGCCCUGCUGCUGCUGCUGGCGCCGCCGCGGCCCGUCGCCAGCGCCGGCCCCGCCGCCGCGGUGGUGCGAGAGCUGCGCUGCAUUUGCUUAACCACCACUCCCAGAGGCGUUCACCCCCGAAACAUUGUCAAUCUGCAGGUGAUGGCCGCGGGGCCGCAGUGCUCCAAGGUGGAAGUGGUAGCCUCCCUGAAGGACGGGAACGAAGUCUGCCUGGACCCAGAAGCCCCUUUGAUCAAGAAAAUCAUCAAGAAAUAUUUGAACAGUGGAAACAAGAAAAACUGAUUAAGAGAAAGAACCAGGCGCUGGAAAAAUUACCCAGUCUUCAGCAGAGCAGUUUUCUAGGGGUCUCUGGAACCCGUGAAGACAAGAAGGAAGGACUUUCUCCAGCGGUCAGCUUUCUUCACGGUUUCCACAUUUUGAAGAGGGUAGAGAAAACCCAUGUUUGUUCCUGAACUUUUCAGCUCAGCUCAUGAAGUAUUUAUCAUUGCAUUUCCUGUUAUUUACCAUUAUUUUAUCUGCUAUGUUAUUAUAAUAUUUAGUAAUUAACUAUAUUGUGAGCCAAGAAUCGCUGGUUGUUAAUCUUUAAAGUGUCUCGAAAUGACUAUUGUAUUUCUAGAAUAUAUUUCUCAUAGUGUUACCGAAAAGGCUGU